CCGUACGGCGCAAGAGUGAUUUCAUAGUUGAGCAAUGCUAGGGGCACUCGCCUCCUGCACUCUCCGGCCAACACUUUCUCUUUUAUUGGGCUUCGUUAUUUUGGUUUACGAGACGUUGUGCCUGAAAGCUUUUUAAAGAAGCUUACGUGGCCCAAUGAAAGGGGAAGUGUAGGCCGGAGAGUGCAAAAAGCGAGUGCCCCUAGCACUGCUCUUUCAUAGUUUCAUUUUUCUUCGUCUCUAAAACGUCCGCUCGGCGGCACACAUUUCUGAUUCGCACCCCGCCGGACACGUCCUCCGAGUCAUGUACCCUUGGGUUCUCCACCUUCAGAAACUGGGUCUCGAACUCAAAUGCCCUCUCUGUGCGUGCUUUGUCAGAUCAACGAAAUUUGACUUAGAAUGCCCUCUCUGCAAAGUCCAAUUUGCUAAUCAAGAUAUUAGGCAUGUGCCUUUCAUGGAGAACAUUGUGUCAAUCUUUAAGAGUUUGGAUGCUACAUUCCAUGCCAGUCAGUCUGACUCUAUUAACAGUGGGGUUGUUAAAAGUGGCAUAAAAGAUAAAUGCAGCGUGCAAAAGGAUCUUCUACCUAAAGAAUUUAAGAUGUCUAGGAGUCGAGAUCAAUAUACUGGUGCUGCAAAUCCUGGUUUGCCAUUGCCAAGUUCCCAGGCACGAGCUUCUCAAGAGUCUGGGAAUGGGGAAACACGCAUGAAUCAGGUUGAACAAGCAUUGAUGGGAAGCCCUCCUUCAAUUGGCGAUAUUAAGGGCUCUGACAAUGACAGUAGUGAUCUUAGUCCAAAAACGCAUCCAACAAAGAGAAUCUUUGAUAUGACAAGAUGGGUGUUUCAUGAUGUUUCUGCCUCCGAAAUUGGAGGUCACUAUGGGGACCCAAAAACAAAAAGGGAAACUGAACCAUGGACGACUGGAUAUGGCUGCAGAAAGUCCUAACCAUGGGCAGGCCAUUCUGCAAACUGAAACUUUGGUGACUUCCAACUGCAAAUUGGAAACUAAAUCUGUGGUGCUUCCUGCUAGUGAAGAGAUGCAGGCAAAUACAGCCAUCUGUGGAUUUUGCCAGCCUUCUAGAGUCUCAGAGGUUACGGGACCAAUGCUACAUUAUGUUAAUGGAACUGGAAUUGCAGUGGCAGGAGAUGAGGCAAACCGUUCAAACGUUAUACAUGUACACAGCUCAUGCAUUGAAUGGGCACCACAAGUGUACCAUGCUGGUGAAUCUGUCAAGAAUCUAAAGGCAGAAUUGGCUGGGGGUUCAAAGCUCAAGUGCAGUUGAUGUGGGCUGAAGGGAGCAGCACUAGGCUGUUAUGUGAAAUCCUGCAAGAGAAGUUAUCAUGUUCCUUGUGCAAAGGAGAUUCCUAAGUGCUGCUGGGACUUUGCAUGCAGCAUUUGUACUCUCAUGGUUCUGGGGCGACGCAGAAAAUCACGAGGAACACUGGUCAUUACGGUUAGGAAUUAGGAGAUUCAAUCACGUUAAUGAUUGAUUAAUCAAAUACUAUGUUUGAUUCUAAUUGUAAUAUUUCAAAUCUCACGUUGAUGAGAACUUGUGAGUAAGUUUUGUGAGUAAAUUUGGUAUACAAAUUUAAAGACUAACUAUUAUUAAUAAUUCAGUUUGGGUCAU